GAGAGUGGGACCGGGAAGCAGGCGGCCCGGGAGCCGCUCCAACUCCUGCAGUGGUGGAUGUGUGCCCCCAGAUGGAUACGGAUAAGGACAAGGAUGGAUGGCAGGAUGGCAGGCUGUGCGAUUACGAUUGGAGUGUACGGAUGGAGAUCACCUCAUGACACGGUUUGGUGCGAAUGCUGCAGCAGCAUGAAGUCAGAUGAGGGCCGCUCGGGUGAUGACUAG